AAUCAGUACAUAAUAACAAUUCGCCUCUUCAUUUGUCCAGUCACGCAUGGUUGAAUUUUUGAUUGAUCCAUUCAAGAUGCCUGUCGUUGAUUGUUGAGAGCUCCAACUUCUCGCAUCAUUCGCAACUCAUACUCGCUUCGUCACCCCCAAGCUUCCCAUUUCUUCUGAGGAUAAAUAUGGAUGAUAUUCCAGCGUCGUCGUCGUCGUCUUCUUCUGCAGGCCGAUUGAGGACUCUUCUUCCAGGCCCAACUCGAGAAGGAGUCUCACCAAGACCUCCACCCAAGUUGAACAUACCCAAGAGAAUCUCUGUCAAGACUGCAUGCCAAGCUUGCAGACAACGCAAAGCCAAGUGUAAUGGCCAAAGGCCGAGGUGCUCUGGCUGCAUCACUGCUGGCCGAGAAUGUCACUAUGCCAGCAACCCCUACGAAGCCGAGGCCGCAGCAAUGAAACGGAAACACGAUGAACUGAAAGAACGAAUGGUUGAUCACGAGAGUCUUUACUCUUCGCUGAAGAACAAAGAGCCUCAUGAAACAGACGAGAUAUUGCGGAGAAUACGAGCCGGAAAAGACGUCAAAAGUGUUACUGAGGACCUUCAAGGCGGGGGUUUGGCCACUCCUACGUCUCGACAACAGGCACAUCCUCUUCUACGAAACGAUAGCGCCAAUACUUCAAACAGUGCUACAACUUCUGGAAGUGCCAGCUCACCAACCUUCUCAGCAGCACGCAUGAACCUUUCCCAACCCCAACAGCAGACAAGGGCCAGACUCGCAGCUUCAAAUGACCAACCUGGCAACGCGUUUGAAGAACCCUGGCGAGAACCCCAGCGCAGAGCCUCCGAAGACUCUACAACCAUUGAUCUGCAAGGACAUAUACUCCCUCUUUCGCGAUGGACGAGCGUCAUACAAGACGACAAAUUUCUAAGUCACUUGCUGCUACUGUUUUGGACUUGGGAUACAGCAUGUAACCGUAUUAUCGACCGAACUAUCUUCGAAGACGAUCUAAAGAACCUCGACCCUACGACAUCAGGCGCACCCUCAGAACUACGAUUCUGCUCACCAUUUCUCGUAAAUGCCAUUUUGGCCGUUAGUUGCCUUUACACGACAAACCCGAUCACAUUCAGCAUGCCAGACGAACUAAGCACCCGAGGACAGAUAUUUGCCCAAGAAGCCAUCCGAUGUCUGAAGCAAGAAGACACACGGCCUUCAUUGCCGCUGGCACAAGGUCUAGCGCUUAUGUAUGUGUAUGAAGCCGCUCUAGGCGACGGAGAAACGGCACUGGAGUUCCACAGUCUCAUGCAAUCGCGGUACAUGGCGCUAAGACUUGAUGAUAUAUAUCGUUCUACGGAUACUGCUAUUGCCGGUUCGAGACAGAGAGCUGAAGCACACGCUUUGUCUUGGAUACAAUGGGGUUUCUACGUCUGGGACUGGAAACCAAUGCACGGUCUAUGUCGCCGUCUCGUUAUCAAGAAGCCCGCACGAGCCAAAACAUGGCAAGAAGAAAACUCGCCGCUGAAUAGAACCGAGAAUCCAGAGUAUUGGUGGUUCUCGUAUCCUGUUUCCGUAGCGCCUCAGCGGUCGAUGAAGCGUGAGAUAUUUGAGGCCGAAUGUAACUUUACAGAAAUUACAGAGCAGGUUCUCGAGUUCCUUAUUCCCUUGGAGCAGGGAGUUUCACCGUCUCAGAAUUCAGGACGUGCUGUAGAGUUGUACUCUAAAAUCAUGGAGUGGAAGUUCUCCUUGCCCGAAGAGCUAAGGGCUGAGAAUGCAGUUCUACCUUCUGCUGUACUACUACAUCUCAGCGCGGACCUUGUAGUAGUCAGCGUUCUUCAACCCUUCGACGACGUCCCCAAAUCCGUCUUCGGCCCCUUUCAUCCACGCCUGACAUCCUACGCCCACGCAACAAACGCUAUGUCAACGAUCUGGCACUUUCGAGCUCUAUACACUAUCCGUAGCGAACACUGGCUUAUACAAGCAUGUUCCGUCUGCGCCUUCAAAGUCCUGUUCGCCAUUGAAGAGAGCCCCAUCCAACUCGAAACAUUUAUAAAAGCGUGUCGAGCACUCAUAGAGCUUCGAGAAGCGUUUCCGGUGGCGGAGGAGGUUAUAUACUCCAUUGAGUCUGUGAUAAAGAAUAAGAAGGUCAAUUUGCCUUCGUAUGCGAGGGAGUAUAUGCCUAACGGUGCUGGAGAAGGCGUUGGGGACUUGAAGGGUGUCAAGGUUAGGGAUCACAGUGUUAUUGUUGAAAAGGCUAAUUCGGAUGAGAGUGAGGAUCGUUUGACCAUGACAGGCCUGCUUUCGACGCUGGCUCCUAGCGAGACGGGACUGUAUUAGAUCAUGUAAACCAGUUAUACAUAUGUAUAUCUAGAUAAACGGGUUGGCGUUACUACGCGGCCAAGGCGCGGCAGCGCGCAGACGUGUGUUAUUGGGUAUAUAUAUCUUAUGAUACAUUAUACAAUAAUGAGAAGUCUAAUUUGCAAG